AUGUGGCAGCAUAGGUACGAUUACUUGCCAACAUGUGAACCAUUUCUCACACCAGAGUUGGUGACAUCUCCAGAUUACAUGGAUGGGUUCAGGUAUAACGGGUUGAAGCGAGAGGUUACAGAUUUUGUGGCUAGAUGCCUGACUUGCCAGCAGGUUAAGGCUGAGCAUCAGUUGCCUUCGGGAUUGCUGCAACUGAUUAAGAUUCCGCUAUGGAAGUGGGAGCGAGCAACGAUGGAUUUUCUUAGUGGGUUACCUUUAACACCCACUAAGAAAGAUUCAGUUUGGAUUGUCGUGGAUCGAUUGGCUAAGUCUGCACACUUCAUCUCAGUUAGGACAAAUUAUUCUUUGCAAAAGCUGGCAGAGCUCUAUAUUUCUGAUAUAUUGGUAUCUGAGACAAAGGAUAAGGUUAGAUUGAUUCGGGAUCGUUUGAAAGUAGCUUCUGACAGGCAAAAAUCUUAUGCGAAUUUGAAGAGGCAUGAGAUUGAGUAUUCUGUGAGGGGACUUCGUUUUUCUCAAGGUCUCACCAUAGAAAAAGGUAUUGAGCUGGAGCUACCUCCGGUGUUGGAUCGUAUCCAUGAUGUGUUCCAUAUCUCGAUGUUAAGGCAUUACCGCUCUGAUCCUACUCAUAUUGUCCUUGUUGAGGAGAUUGAGGUUAAGUCAGACUUGACCUUUGAGGAGGAGCCUGUCCAGAUCCUAGAUCGUGACAUAAAAGUUUUGAGGAGGAAGUCCAUUCCUUUGGUGAAGGUUCUAUGA